CGAAAGACGGAAGAAUCAACGGCACGUAAAGCGGUCCACCCGCCGGAAUAAAGCAUUCUCACCUCGCUACCUCAGUCAUCUCUCUCGCACACAUAAUUACCAUUUCCAGAUUUCCUUACUCAUAGGUUCCAUCCAAAAAGGCGCUCUCUCGCGCACACACAACCUUCCUCUUUCAUCUGCAAUGGAGGUAGGGUUUCCGGCAAUUUGACAAAUGGCGCUGCCACACUUCAAUCUGACGCAAAUUCCUCCCCCCACUUCUUGCUGCUGCUGCCGGUGUCAACAUUUUCAACUUCCGCGUGGCAAUGCACCCCCGAAGCAUUCCCUUCUCGUGGGCUUUGCUCGCUGCCCGGUGAUUUCCUUCCCUGCCGGGCUUGUGGGUUUCCUCUCUGGUUCCAUUUCGACGGGUUUGAGAAAGAGACUUGUUACUGUCUCGCCGUGGAUACUGAACGCUGCCACUCCAACUUGCGUCCUAGAUAACGCCACCGUUCCGGCCGCCGCCACCGUGGAAAUCAACGUCACCUGCUAUCAGCUAGUUGGUCUUCGUGAUCAAGCAGAGAAAGACGAGGUAGUGAAGUCAGUGAUCCAAUUGAAAAGCGCUGAGGUAGAAGAUGGAUAUACAAUGGAUGCCAUCAUGUCUCGCAAGGAUCUUUUGAUGGAUGUGAGGGACAAGGUUCUUUUUGAACCUGAAUAUGCUGGAAACGUGAGAGAUAAGAUUCCCCCCAAGUCUUCUCUAUACAUUCCAUGGACCUGGUUGCCUGGUGCUCUUUGCCUUCUUCAAGAGGUUGGUGAAGAGAAGUUAGUGCUUGAUAUUGGCAGAAAGGCUAUCCAGAAGCCAGAUGCUAAGCCUUAUAUCCAUGACAUACUUCUAUCAAUGGCACUGGCAGAAUGUGAAAUUGCAAAAAUUAGUUUUGAGAACAAUAAGACAUCCCUUGGAUUUGAAGCUCUAGCCCGUGCUCAGAGUCUUCUUAGGAGUAAGAUCUCCCUUGGGAAGAUGGCUUUGCUGGCCCAGAUAGAAGAAUCUAUGGAGGAGCUGGCACCUGCUUGCACACUGGAGAUAUUAAGCAUGCCUCAUUCUCCUGAAAAUCCUGAAAAGCGACGAGGAGCAAUAGCAGCUUUGCGUGAAUUACUCAGACAAGGACUUGAUGCGGAAAUGUCAUGUAGAGUCCAAGGCUGGCCUUGCUUUCUCAUUCAAGCACUUAAUCGGCUCGUGGCCACUGAAAUAGUCGAUCUUCUUCCUUGGGAUGAUUUAGCCCUUAUUCGGAGAAACAAGAAAUCACUUGAAUCACAUACUCAGAGGGCUGUUAUUGACUUCAAUUGUUUCUAUGUGGCAUUGAUAGCUCAUAUUGCUCUGGGUUUCUCUAGCAAGCAGACAAAAUUGAUCAACAGAGCAAAAGAUAUAUGUGGCACUCUGAUAGCAUCGGAAGGUAUUGAUCUAAAAUUGGAGGAAGCAUUUUGCUUGUUUCUUUUGGGGCAGGACAAUGAGGCCCAGGUUAUUGAAAAGCUUCAACAGGUGGAGUCGAAUGUGAACCCCGCACCACAAAUUUUGAUCUCUGGGAAGGAUAAGUACGUCGCAACCUCUGUCAAGUCGCCUGUGGAAACAUGGCUGAAGGACUCUGUGCUUGCUGCGUUUUCAGAUACAAGAGAUUGUUCACCAUCACUCGUAGACUUUUUCUCUGGUGGAAGCAAAUUUCCUUCACUUUCAACCAAACGGGUUACUGGUCAAAGGCCUUUCUCAGAUUUUGCAUCAGAACGAAUCAAUCAUGGUGGGGGGUCUCUCUCAUUGAAGACCUCUUCUCAACACCUUGGAUCAGCUGUGAAGAAGUUGGCUCUUGUGGAUUUGCAGACCUCAUUGAUGUCUGACAAGAGUGAUGAUCGAGCCAGUGAGGACCAACCACCUGUUCAGCUGAAAAGAAAUUUGGACAUGCGGGAUAAUGGAAAUUGGGAAAGUUGGUCGUCGUACGGGAAUGUGGUUGGAAAGUUCAUAUUUGUUGUAGUAUUAGGGUGCAUGACUUUUAUCACCUCCAAGUUGUCUUACAGGAGUCUAAGGUCUCCUACGUUUGCUUUCAAUAAGCAUAUUGCUGAUACCACUUUCCAUAGUGGCACCAUGGAUUUUUCUCAUGAUACCAUUGGAGGAAGUGGUAUCGGUGACAGAAUGAAAAAGCUAUCAGCAACUGUCAAAACAAAAUUCGACACACUGCCACGACAUAGUAUAUCACAGAAUUUGGGGCUGACCACUAGCAGAAAGUCUUCUACAAGAGCAGUGUCAAGGAAGCAGAUGCCAGUUGAAGAAGCUGAAGCUCUGAUUAGGCAAUGGCAAACUGUUAAAGCUGAAGCUUUGGGUCCCGAACAUCAAAUCCAGAGCCUAUCUGAACUACUUGCCGAGUCAAUGCUUGAUCAGUGGCAAGAAUUGGCUGAUGCAGCUCACUCCGAGUCAUGCUAUUGGAGAUUUCUUUUGCUAGACCUGUCCAUUGUAAAAGCUGAUGUUGUUUCUGAUGGAUUUGGGAUGGAGACGGCAGAAAUCGAAGCUCUUCUCGAGGAAGCAGCUGAGCUUGUUGACGAAUCUCAGCAGAAGAAGAACCCAAACUAUCACAGCAAGUAUAAAAUUCGGUAUGCAUUGAAGAGGCAAGACGAUGGAUCAUGGCGGUUCUGCAAAUGCGAGAUUCAAUCCCCAUCAUGAUGUCUCUGGAUCACAAAUCGGGGAAAGCAGCAAUGCAGUAACGAGUAUUUGAUCCCCCUACAGGCACCGAUUAGGGUUCUUCUCCAAUCACGGGAACAAGGAUUAGGUUAGAGCAUCUCUAACUAGCUGUGGUUUAAGUGUUAGCAUUGCAUAGUGAUAUUCGAUUUGAUUGAUAUUCGAUUUGAUUGACAUGCAUUGCUGCAGCCUGCAUGCAUGCACUGAUUCUGAAUGUAAACUAAAGGCAAAGGUGGCUGGAGAGGUAGUUGUAGCUUGCUCUUAGAAAUAACAUGUAGAAAGACAGGCUUAGCGUUGGGGAAAUGAAAUUCAGUUUUCCAAUUUCCGGUUUUAUCAGUGAGGCAAUUGUGAGAUUAUUGGCAACAAUUAUUUAAACCGUCGCUAACCGGUAUCUUAAUCCAGCUGCAAACGGACAUAUAGUACCAUUUUUUAUUAUCAACAUGUGAGAUUGUCCCCAGGAGCAACACCGAGUUGGCGGCAAUACUCGGUGUAAAAAUCGGCACGGCGUUGCACGGUGGCGGAAUUACUUCCGUCGCACUCCAAAUCGCCAUUGAUGGCCCUGGUGGUGGCCCCAAAUCCCUGGUCCAUCACCGGCUGGACGUUGUUGGUCCAGAACCACAGAGCCGUCUUGAAUGAUACUUCUGGAUCAUUCGCCACCGUUUCAGGGGAGUUGAGUCCGUCGAAUCCGAUCUGCUCUCUGGCGGGGCCGUAGUUGAAGUUCCAGGACAGCUGGAGCGGACCCCGGCCGUAGUAACCCUUGCUUGGAUUGCAAGGAAACUGGGUAUUCUCCUCCUCGCAGUAGUCCUUGGAUGGCCCAUCAAUCUCCUCUGUGUAACAGAAGUCUGCAAAAUUUCGUGGGUGGCGUGGGCAAAGAAGGCAGCGAUUUCGCGCCUGGAGUCGUCGUCGGAUCCGAGCCGGGCGAAACCUUGGUAGGACCCGAGUGCGCGCAAGAAGGCGUCGCGAGAGUAGAAGCUCCUCCCUGCGCAGUCGCCGUCGGACUGGUCGAUGAUGCCGUUGAAGAAUUCAGGGGUGACGAUGUCGGCAACCUGAAUGUCGUUUCUGUUGCAGGGGCCGCUUUGGCAGCCUGAGCCGCAGUGGUCGGGGCUGGUUCCACAGUAGCCCCAUUUGCUGCAGCACUCGUCGGAUACGCAGCCGCAGUCUUGAGCUACCACGGCGGAGGCCAGAGCUCCGACGAGGAAAACAGAGAGGAGGAGUUUGGGAGUGAUGGUAAGAGUGGGUGGAGGCAUUGUCAGCAGAGUGGGUUUUGGGUGAGUUUGGGGAAUUAGGCAGGGGAUUUGUUUUAUAGCAAGAUGGAAGACUGACUGGGUCAUAUUGAGGCUCUGAAUAUUUUUUUGGGUAGAAGAUGGUUCUUUGUGGCGCAUUAACAAAAUCAAGUGGGUGUGGAAAAAGCAAAACAGAGACCUUGAACUUGACUCGUUUCAUUUUAUAUGGUGGGAUUCUUUGGAAUUUCCAAGUUCUCUAUUUCAGAGACAGUGACUGUAUCACUUGUUGGAUUUCCUCACCGGAGAGAAUCGGAGGGAGAAAUUAUCUUAAGUUUGUCUUGUUCUUCUUCCAAUUUUGGAGCUCUACUUUUUUUGUUCUUUGUUCGUAGCCCCACCUGUUGCAGGGUUAAAGAAACUGUCCUGGUAGCCAUUUAUAACCCCUUUAUUUUCCGGGUAGAACAACUUGUUGAUAUUCAAUGGAUUGCAUCUGAAUUCUUUCCAGAAUGAUUAAUAAUACGGUU